AUGCCUUCAUUCGAGGCUCCCACUAACGCUAGCAAUGAACCCAAAAGCUCUGGCGAAACCCCCGUUGAAGGGCUGGAGAAGACGGAGAAGGUUGGGAACACUGAAGCUGAAGUAUUGCGCGGUCCCAAGCUCGUGGUUGUAUGCGUAGCUUUUUCUCUCGCUUUUUUCCUUAUCGCACUCGACCAGACAAUUCUAUCAACUGCACUCCCUAGCAUAGCUUCGGACUUCGAUGCCGUUUCCGAGCUCUCCUGGAUCGCGAGUGGCUAUUUCCUUCCCCAGGCAGCCUUCAUGUUGUUUUUUGGCAAAGUUCUUGCGUUUACUUCUCCCAACGUCGUAUUACUCGUCUCGAUUGCUAUCUUCGAGCUAGGCAGUCUACUAUCGGCACUGUCACCCACCAUUUUCGCCCUCAUAUUCGGCCGCGUCAUAUCAGGUAUUGGGGCGUCCGCGUUAUUCAUCGCCGUGAUGUCCCUCAUCGCACGUAUCACGACCUUGAAGCAAAGACCACUCAUGAUGAGCAUCAUUGGGGCCGUCUUUGCUGCCUCUUCCCUAGGGGGACCUGUUAUUGGCGGAGCAUUCUCAGAUAAUAUUACAUGGAGGUAA